AUGGCACCAUUGGCAGACAUCAAAAGCGUCAUUGACUACAAUGAUAUCACAAACAACGACUACUCUGAAAAACAAUCAUACGCAUUGCAUUAUGAGAGACCCGUGCGAAAAGUUUCGUUUUCCAAAAUGGUUACGGAAUACGACAUUGAGAGGGCUUCGGACUUUUCUGACGAAGAGCGACAAGCGAUCUGGUACUCCAUCCCACAACUUCGAGAAAUCAAAAAACAAGCAAAACACACUGUCCAAAAGAUGGAGAGAGGACUGCUUGACACCAGUGAUGACAAUUGGACAUUCAGAGGCCUUGAAAGCAAAACAACUGAAGGAAGUCAACAAAAAUACGAGGCCAGAAGGAGUUCUUGGGGUGCAGUAUUCCUUCAUCAAGAUCAGCAAGACAUCCAAGAUAUUCCGGAUCCUGAAUUUCUAGCUGAAAUGUAUCGCGAGCACACAAAAGUGAGCCAAUGCCUUGCGGAACUUCAGGGAAAGCAAGAUGCCGAAGUCGCACGAGAAUAA